AUAACAGUUCCGAGUAAUUACGGCGCUAGCGGUUUGCCAUUUGAUGCGUCAAAGGCGUAGUGUAUCAAGCACACCACGUUAGGCUAUAAACAACACUGGCAAUGGAGAGAAAGAACAAUAAUUGUGUGGUGCAUGUGAGACAAGAUUCCGAUAACGACCUAGAGGCGCUUUUCCAUGUCGUCAGCAAAAACUCAGUGGCGAAGACGCAUCCUGAGCCAGCAUCGUCGCAAUCGUUACCGAUGCGUUUAAGGAAGCUUCCUCCGUCUUUUUUCAAGCAACCUCCAAUCGACGGUGGCUUAUCACCCGAUCAUGACGUCCCAAAAAGGCUUCCAAUCUCUCAUUCGCAUUCGCGUUCAUCGCCAGCGUCGCUUACAGUUCCUACGACUCUAAAAGGCCCGCCAAACCACUCCUUGAGUCCUGGCGUCCACCAUCAGAGAUCAACCUCUUUCGAUAACACGGCGUUGCUUGAGGAGCCAACUCCAAUGCCGCCCGGGUGGGAAAUGAGAACGACGGCGAGUGGCCAACGAUACUUCAUGAAUCACUUCGAACAGCUAACGACAUGGCAAGACCCAAGGAAAACACAGUCAACUUCAAAUUUGAACAGCGUACAGCCAGUCGGCAAUUUGCCUGAUGGCUGGGAGCAAGCGAUAACACCAGAAGGUGAUAUUUACUAUAUCAACCACAUCGAAAGAACAACCAGCUGGAUCGACCCGCGACUCGCGAUGCACUGUAGAAACCAGGAGAGUAUGCGCGGUUCCACCUUGCCUCCUGAUUUUAAUCGCCAUGGCCAUCGAACCCUUCAGCUUCAUCGUCUCCAGAGAGAGCGUGAGCAACUUUUGAAACGGCAGCAGGAACUCUUGAAGCAAGAGAUCAAAUUGAAACGUGAUAUUCUAGAAGAAGGUGGAAAACCGUCGCUUCUCGGAAACUUGACGCGAGAAUUCAGCGCGCCAGAUCCCCCUGUAACAAACGGAGGACACAUCAGAGAUGAAUCGUUUGAUUCCGGGCUCGGAAUGGGAGGUGGUAAUUACCAGUUCCACGACGUCGAUAUGAACGAUUCGCAACCGAUGUUUGACGCGAAUUACAACUCGAAGGACACUUCUUUUCGCGCCGAUCCUAGGAUACCCGAGAUCCUCGACAGCUUGCCUGGUACAAAUGUCGACUUAGGUGUUAUGGAGGGAACAGAUAAUUCCACCAACAUGGAAACCGAAGAUCUUGGAGUUGGAUUAGAGUUCAAUUCGGAGAUCUUAAACGAUAUGGAAUCCGUGCUAAUAUCGCCGACCUUGACUUGGCUUUGAGUUUGACGGGAUUUUUUUGCGCAACGUAAUAGUUUUAUAAGAAGGAUUUUUCAAUGACAUUAGAUUAUUCUCAACGGAAUGAAAAGUAAGUAAAAAGGCGCUUGUUAGCGAUCAAACUAUUUCCCUUUUCUACAUUUUUCAUACGCGUAAAUAUUAAGGUUGAGAUUGUAACUUACUUUUAUAAGAGAACUUGUUUCGCACCGAAACUACAAAGUUCGGCUCUAGAGUCGAAAUAGGAAGGCUUUAUGCUGUUAUUCUAGAGAAAAACAAUUGAAAGUCGGUAUAAUUUUUUGCGGUAAAAUUAUAAUAGUUUUUUGAUUUAAUUGCUUGUAAAUAAGAGUUGGAGAUUAAUAAGGGUUUUCAUGGUAGCGUCAAAUGUUUGCGUCCCCGCAAAAUUACUUUUCAUAGUCUUCAAUAACUCGGCUGUUGUUACUUAUUCGGCGUUUUGAUCUUGCAUAGUUAUCCAGUAGCGUGUGAAAAAAAUAAGAUCUAUUUCCAACUCCACCCUCAAGAUCGUCUUUUGUUCGUAGGAAAUGACAAAACAUCAACACUGAUUAAUCGUGAGCGAGACUUGAACUCUAACAUUUUAUCCGCCCAAAAAUCAGCACUUGGUAAGCAUCGGGCACGCUACGUGUAACCUUAGAGAGCCUUUCCACAACUCAGGCGAGAUUCAAGAAUGGUUAACACAUGAUCAAGGGUGGUUUUUUCUGCGUUAGGCAAAAUUGUAAUGGUUCAUUAAGCAGCAUACGGCAUAAUUGAGGUAAUUAGGGUAGCUUUCUUAACUUUGGAUCCAAAAACUUGGUUAUUUUUUGCUACGAAGCGAUCUUAAUUUUUUAGUAAGUGUAUUAAAUGCAGGUUUAUUUCACAGAUUUAUAUAGUUUUAAAGGUGCGUUUGCGAGUUUGUUUUGUUUUUUAUUUUUUAGUACAACUUUGAAUCGCCGAUAAGCGUAGCAACAAAUUUUGCGUCUCACUUCAGUGUAAAUAUCGGUUUCCAUUUUGAUAGUUACGCAUAUAUCUCUUUAGAUACAAAAAACGAACCGAAAGGGGAAUUCAUGUCUAUGGAACAACGCUCCGUUUCGAGAAGCAAGUGGGGCGGUAAAUUGCUCAGGAACUAGAAGGCGCCAAGUGAAAUGUGGACCAGAAAGGCUUUCCUAAUAGUUUUUUGUUUUCAUUUCCUCCUUGGCAUUAAGCCACACUCAUUUUCCGUCUGUGGUAAGCAAAGUUAAGGAUUAAAAUUGAGCGGCGUGAUGGCAAGAAUGUUUACUUUUCUGUGUUUUGCGCCGGCAGAAUUAUUCAUUUGAUUUGCAGUCGAUGUAGGCGUGAAGAACCCCUUUCCCAUGAGUAAACUAAAUAUCUUUAUUUUUUUGUCCAAAUUAGAGCAGUGAUAUUUCAUAAUAUUGUUACCAAUGUGUUUCCUGGCGAAACCUCAUAUAAUAAAAUAUUUUAUUAACAAAUAGUA